CCUUACUGUCUGUAGCACCCUGAGGUUACUGAUGAUUUGGGGCUGUCUGUCCUCCACGUGACACAAUACGUCCUGAAACCAAUUUCAUCUUCUGUGCCCAGCUUAGUCGUCAGGAUGCUGGGAGGCUGUGUGGGUGUGGCUGAGGACAGCAGCUACAGACAUCAUCAGCUAUGGAGGUGGAGAGCACUCCAGAGCCAGCUUUGGUGGAAGUGGACCAGGGUCUGACUCUGGCCUGCAUCGGCUUCCUGUGCUUCCUGCUGGUGGCCAUGAUCAUCCGCUGUGCAAAAGUCAUCAUGGACCCUUACAGCUCCAUCCCCACCUCCACCUGGGAGGAGCAACACCUGGAUGACGGUUAAGCCCAUGUGUGUUCCUGCCCAAAAUCCUAGAACUCGCAGGGUCAUAUAACUGAGGCCCCUGUUCAUCACGGGAGGAUCACGGAGUCACUGAAUCUGUCUUGGGCUUCAUUUCCAUCAAACAUUAAGAAAAACAAACAGUGUAGAAAAUCUGGAGGAGGUCAUUCUUAAAAACUGAGUGCACAACAAGAAGACUGGUGAGGGAAGCCACCAAAACACCCACACAACUCUGAAUGUCUGAAUGAAUCAUCUGACUUGGAAAUGUUUAUGUGUCCAUCCCCUGGCUUGUCUAAAGAGAACUGGCUGUAAAAGUGAUGAUUUCUAUUGAAACUAAUGCUUAACCACAUUUGUUAAAUGACUGAUGGGCUCAAAAAUGGAGGCACUUUGUAGAAAAAUAGAUAUAAUUCUUAAAUGGUUUGUGUGAUGAUUUUGUUAAUGUCCUUGAAUUAAAUCUGAAAGUCCACACAACAGCAUGUUUACUGUUUUAUUUCACCUCCACUGUGGCAGUGUUACAAAACCUGUCCCUGUCCAAAUAUCUCUGGACUGGACGUAUAGAUAGAAGGUUGUCUCACCAACUGUGUCAUCACACCACAGUGAAUAAGAUAUGAAGGUGCUGGAGAUCACUAUUCCUUCCAUGGUCAGGUUGGGAAGCAUGUACUGGUGCCACACAUUGUUCUAUCCACCACACUAUGGAACCACUUUGGGUCCUGGAUGGUAAACACCCAGGCAGUCCCCAGCUCUCCAAAAAAGUAACAUCUGUCUGGCACAGACCUUCUCUUCUUCUUUGUCUUUCGCAGCCACUGGGAUCUUCAACACGGCACCU